CUCGGCGUCUUCUUUACCAGUCACUCCCUUGCAUCCACGAGCUCUUAACUUUCUCUAAUCUGCGCAAACUCUCUCACACGCAUCUCACACUCCUUCUCGUCCAAUUCACGAAACACGCUGCCUCUCGUCAAGCAUGCUGUCCUCCAUGAAGAUCGCUGCAGCCAUUGCUGCCCUGGCCACUGCUGUCGUUGCCCAGUCUGACACCAUCCCAGUUACUGGCAAGAACGGUGAUGCUACUAUUCAGAGCCACAACCCCGCUGGUGUCGCAUACAUCGCCAGCCUUACUCCUACCAGCAAGAGCAACAUCUCUGGCAAUGUGCUCGCCCUUACCAGCUCCGACAUGGUCGGUGUCAACUUCCAGAUCGCCUUGACCGGUCUGCCUUCCGAGGGCGGUCCCUUCCUCUACCAUCUCCACGACUACCCUGUCCCUGCCGAUGGCAACUGUACUGCUACUGGUGCUCACGUCGACCCUUUCGUGCGCGGCGAGGCUCCCGUGUGCGACCCUGCUUCCCCUGCUACUUGCCAGGUCGGUGAUCUCUCCGGCAAGCAUGGCAAGCCAACCAACGAGACUUUCUCGGCUACCUACGUCGACAAGUACGUCUCUACUGUUCCCGGCGACGGCUCUUUCAUGGGCAACCGCAGCAUCGUCAUUCAUUUUGCCAACAAGACCCGCAUCGCCUGCGCCAACUUCGUCGACUACACCAAUGGCACUGCUGGUGUCAACACCUCGAGCUCUGCCAACGGCUCUUCCUCUGCCACUGGCUCGUCGACUCGCUCCAGCGCCUCGCAGACCGGAUCUGCCACUUCCAGCAGCGCUUCCGGCUCUCGUACCAGCGGUUCUGCCAGCUCUUCUUCAGGCGCUGCCGUUAGCACCGGUGCCGCAUCUCAGAUGCUUGCCGACAGCGCCCUUGUCGCCCUGGUCGGUGGCCUGGCUAUGUUUGCCAUCUAAGUCUGACCAUACCCCUGUCAAGAAGGCAAUGAUGCCGCUGUGUUUUCUGUAAUUCUAUAUGGCUCGUACAAUAAAAUGAACAAUUGCUUUGAUCCAUGACAUU